UGAGUUGGGACGGCGCUCCGGGGAGCUGCCCGCGAGGGCGCUUGACGUGAAGUCGGGGAGCGGCGGGCAGCGGGCUCUCGUCCCUCCCCAGGGCGGGCCUCUGGGCCGGGGCUUCCGUGGCGGGGGCGGCCUUCCCUCCCGGCUGCCCGCGGGCUCGGCGGGUAGUGGCUGAGGCGAGGCCCGCCCGCAUCCCGGCCGCCGGUCCGGAGCUCGCUGGGGCCGCCGGGGUCUCCGGAAGCGGGGGGCCGCCGGCGGGUUGGGGUGCGUGGACACGCCCAGGGACUCAACAUGAAUCCGGGCCGGAGACUGCUCUUAGCUUCCGCGGGGGCCGAGGCUGGUGCUGGACGUUCUGUGGGCGGACAGACGCGCAGGGACACGGAUCGAAUAAUGGCCAACUCCAUUGUAUCAAAGAACUUCACUGCACUUUCAGAUCUGCAUCCAAAUAUGGCUAAUCUGAAAAUAAUCGGCAUAGUUAUUGGAAAAACAGAUGUCAAAGGCUUUCCAGACAGAAAAAAUAUUGGAUCAGAAAGGUACACUUUCAGUUUCACCAUUCGUGAUUCAGCAGCCCAUUUUGUAAACGUAGCAUCCUGGGGCAAUGAAGACUACGUCAGAGCCCUUUCUGACAGCUUUAGAGUUGGCGCGUGUGUGAUAAUUGAAAACCCCUUGAUCCAGAUAAAGGACUUGGAAAGAGAAGAAAAGUUCAGCCCUGCAACUCCUAGCCAUUGUAAGCUGUUGCUCAGUGAGAAUCACUCAAGGAUGAAAGUUUGUUCCAAUUAUGAAGUGGACACCAAGCUACUUUCUUUGAUAUACUUACCAGUUAAAGAGUCUUCUGAUUAUUACUCUCUGGGUGACAUUGUUGCAAAUGGACACAGUCUUGAUGGAAGAAUUAUUAAUGUCCUUGCAGCUGUGAGGUCGGUUGGAAAGCCAAAAUACUUUACCACUUCAGAUCAAAGAAAAGGCCAGAGGUGUGAAGUUAAACUCUAUGACGAGACAGAGUCUUCUUUUGCAAUGAUAUGUUGGGAUAAUGAAUCUAUUCUACUUGCACAGAGCUGGAUGCCCCGAGAAACAGUGAUAUUUGCCUCAGAUGUAAGAAUAAGUUUUGACAAAUUUCGGAACUGCAUGACAGCAACUGUAAUCUCAAAAACCAUUAUUACAACAAAUCCAGAUACACCAGAAGCUAACAUCCUAUUGCAUUUUAUAAGAGAAAAUAAAGAAACAAAUCCUCUGGAUGAUGAAAUUGGCAGUUGUUUGAAAGAAUCCAUAAAUUUAAGUACAAUAGAUGAUGUCUAUACAGUUGAACAAUUAAAAGUAAAAGCUUUGAAGAAUGAGGGAAAAGCCGAUCCUUUCUAUGGAAUUCUUUAUGCCUACAUUUCUGCACUGAACAUUGAUGAUGAAACCACAAAAGUAGUUCGAAGUAAAUGCUCAGGCUGUGGUUCCAUUGUAAAUGAAGCGUCCAGCAUUUGUACCACUUGCAACAGAGAUUCUUCAGAAUUUAAAUCUGCUUUUCUCAGCUUUGACAUGCUAAUUGACCUUAGCGACCACACAGGCACUCUCCAUUUCUGUAGUCUCACAGGAAGUGUUGCUGAGGAGACUUUGGGCUGCACGGUAAAUGAGUUUCUCGCAAUGACGGAUGAACAGAGAACGGCAUUGAAGUGGCAACUUCUUUUGGAAAGGACCAAAAUUUACUUAAAAGUCUCUCUGUUGCAUAGGGCAAGGGCCAGACUGAGGAUGAGUGUACUCUCGUGUAAGCUGGCAGAUCCCGUUGAGGCAAGUAGGAGCUUGUCUGGAUGAGGAAGUAUUUAAAAGCAGAUACCAUUUUGAACUCUAGAAGAGAAUACGAGUUUUAACCACCUUUAAAGUAGAAAAUGAGUUUGAAAAUUAUGGAUUAAAAUUGUAUUUUGUUCAAAUGUGGUGAGAAUGUUUCUAUCAGUUGUUAUGUUCUUUCCCCCUAGAGAUGGUUUGGGAUAAAUCCUAAAAUCUCCCUCUUAAUCAAGCUCAUUCCUUAGAAGGCCUUUUCUACUGGCUUGGCCCUCUGUCUUUCCAAGUUGAAAAUGUUUCUAUGAAUCAAUAAACAAGUUUGAUCUUUCCCAA